AUGGGUGACUGGAAAGAUUACAUUGGCACCAUUCUCAAGGAAAAGGAUGUGGAAGAUGCUGCCAUCGUUGGAUAUUCGGAUAACAAAUCGGUGUGGGCAUCCAAACCGGGCGGACUCCUGGCUGCCGUAACCCCGCAAGAGGUUGAGGUGCUGGUGGGGAAAGAUCGGACAAGCUUCCUCAGUACCGGCAUUACCAUUGGGGGGAAAAAAACCUCGGUUAUAAGAGACAAUCUCUUGAAAGAUGAUGAUGCAGCCUUGGAUGCCAGGGUCAAAGGAGGCGACGGAAAGUCCCUAGCUGUAGGAAAGACGGGGAAAGCUCUGGUAUUUCUCAUGGGAAAGAAGGGCGUCCACGGGGGGGUACUCAACAAGAAAGUCCACGAAAUGGUCAAGUACCUCAAAUCGAAAGGCAGUUAA